ACAAAAAAUGUUUGGUUUUCCAUAAAAUAUCGACGAUAAGUAGACAAGUAACACGGGUUCAGUUUCUAUAAUCUCCCGAUUAUCAUUUUUUUGAAUAUAUUCUCGGGGAUGGGAGAGAGAUACGACGAAUCAGACGGUGUAGAGAAGGCGACGAUUCCUCUGUUAAGGGGUCAACAUGAAGCUGAGGACGACGGAGAUAUAUUGGUUGAGACUAAGAAAUUAUGGCGUAUCGUUGGACCAGCUAUAUUCACCAGAAUCUCGACCAACUUGAUCCUCGUCAUCACGCAGGCCUUUGCCGGCCACCUCGGCGAGCUAGAACUCGCCGCCAUCUCCAUCGUCAGCAACGUCAUCAUCGGCUUCAACGUCGGCCUCCUGCUUGGAAUGGCGAGUGCGUUGCAAACGUUGUGCGGUCAAGCUUUUGGAGCGAAAAGAUAUGACAUGUUAGGAGUAUAUUUGCAGCGAUCUUGGAUUGUUCUCUUCUUAUUCUCCAUCUUGCUACUCCCUAUGUACUUCUUUGCAACUCCCAUUCUUAAGUACUUUGGCCAGCCUGACGACAUCGCCGAGCUCUCCGGUUCCAUCGCAGUUUGGGUCAUUCCUAUCCAUUUUGCAUUUGCCUUCGUUUUCCCUCUCAGCCGAUUCCUCAAUUGCCAGCUCAAGAAUAGGGUGAUUGCAAUAUCAUCUGGAAUAGCACUUGUAGUUCACAUAUUUGUGUGCUGGCUUUUUGUAUACGGUCUUAAACUUGGAGUCAUAGGGACAGUGGCUACUGUUAACGUGUCAUGGUGGCUAAAUCUCGUCAUCUUAUUUACUUACACCACCUGCGGCGGCUGUCCGCUCACUUGGACCGGUUUCUCCAUGGAAGCUUUCACAGGACUUUGGGAGUUCGCUCAUCUCUCUGCCUCCUCCGGAGUCAUGCUUUGCUUGGAGAGUUGGUACUAUAAGAUUCUAAUUCUAAUGACUGGAAAUCUGGAAGAUACAAAAAUUGCUGUCGACUCCCUGUCUAUAUGCAUGAUGAUAAAUGGACUGGAGAUGAUGAUUCCAAUUGCUUUCCUCACCGGGACAAGCGUACGAGUGGCCAAUGAAUUAGGAGCAGGCAAUGGAAAAGGAGCAAGAUUUGCAAUGAUCAUAUCAGUGACACAAUCGUUAAUCAUCGGAAUAAUACUUUCGGUGCUUGUUGUAUUCCUUCAUGAUCAAAUUGGUUGGAUUUUCUCUUCAAGUGAAACUGUCAUUAACGCAGUCAAGAAUCUUUCUAUUCUUUUAGCUUUCACGAUUCUUCUCAACAGUGUUCAACCGGUUCUUUCUGGUGUCGCCGUUGGUUCAGGUUGGCAAUCAUUUGUGGCGUAUAUAAACUUGGGAUGCUAUUAUUUCAUCGGACUUCCACUUGGAUUUUUCAUGGGCUGGAUUUACAAGUUUGGUGUUAAGGGCAUUUGGGCCGGUAUGAUAUUCGGAGGAACCGCGAUUCAAACACUGAUAUUGAUUUUUAUUGUUAUGAGAUGUGACUGGGAAAAAGAGGCACAAAAAGCAAGUGUGCGCAUUAACAAAUGGUCUAUCUCGGACUCAGAAGCAAGAAACUAAAGUAAAUGGUAUACAGUUGUAAAAUAAAAUACACUUUGAGCAUGCAUUCCAUAAAGCUAUGCCGUUGUAGAGAGUAAAGCACAUGCGUUAUCAUUACAACCUCACAUGAUUAAUCGAUUGAUCUAACUGGCAACUGGUAGAUCGGGGUAGUAUACAUAUGGUUUGGUUUUGUCAAUCGCAAAUGGAGCAAUGACUGACUUGUGUUCCUUUCCGAAUAUGAAACUAAGCCAUUUUCACUUCGCAAUUUUUCUUAGUUAGAAAACUAUUUGCAUAUGGUAUCACUCCUGUUUCGAUCAGGUUUGAUGAUCCAAAGUUUUGAGAGCAUAACCAUAAG